AUGAAUAGAUUCUAAAUAAUUAAAGUCAGCCUUUUAUUGAUAGAUUUUAUAAGAUAAACUAUUCAAUGUGAUUCCAAUACUUUGGAAGGUUGUUUGAUAAAUAAAAAUAUUGAGACAACUGAAAAAUCUCUAAAGGAUCUAACAGCAUAUGGAUAUGGUUUUUGGUUUUAAUAUAUUUCCACACAAUUAACUUUAUACGAAAGUUUAUUGACAUUUUCUUAAAUUGAGGGCCUAUUAUUAUUAAGAGAAGUUAAUCCUGAAAAUUAACAAUUCAAAACACUCUUUUAUUAAGAUUGGACUAAUAAAAAUGAAAAUUAAGAGAAAUAUUUAUAUUUAAAAUUUGAAUUGAAUAAUGAGAUGAUUUAAUAAGGAAAAUUCAUAUUUAAUUCAUUUACUUUUGAAGGUAGAUGGAUUUAUAUUUAUAUUUCUUAUCAAAUUCCUAAUGAAAAAUAAAUAAUAUUGUAUGACAAUUCAGAUAAUAGUUGUUAAAGAAUGCAUUUUUAAUAAGAAUACAAUUUAUAGUAGGAUUAAACAUUUAUAAUAUAAGGGGGAGAAUUAUAAAAAAUAAAUGAUAAUGAAAAAAAGGUAUAUGCCUAUUACCCUGGUAGAAUUUCAAGACUUUACUUUAAUAGUAAUUAGAAUGAAGUAAUAUUUUAAUCUGAUUCAUAAUUUGAAAAAUAUCUGAAUAUAUAAUUCAUACCAUAAGCAGUAUGUUAGACACACUCAUAUGAUUCAAAUUUAAUUGAAAACUAUAUAUACUAAUAUGGAUUAAUAUAAUUAGAAUCUUGGGUCAAAAUUGACUAUAAUUUAGUAUUAUUUGUAAUUAUAAUAGAAUAUUAAUUAUUCAGCAAGUGUUUUUGGAGUUGAAAUAUUUUUCAUGCCUUCUCUAAAUGGAUAUUAAAAAUUAGUUGAUUUAUAGUAUUGUCUUCUUUAGGCUUGGACAGCAGAUUUAGCAAAUGGUGUGUAUUUUUAGACCUAUAAUCAGGAUUCCCCUGAUUUUUAUCCAAAUUAUGAUCAAUUUUUCGAUAAAUAGGAUAUUGCUUUUCAUACUUUAGAGUAAGAUUUAAAAUAAUGGCAUUAUGUGUCUAUUCUUUAUGGAUUUGACAAAUAAUAAAUGGCAGUUUCAAAUUUAAGAAUGUGGUUUAUAGAUGGACAUAUUUAUGAUGUUUAAUAUCAUAAUAAGACUUAUCAUUUUGAAGGAAAUAAUAUAAAAAUGAGAAGUGGAUUACUUUUUAGUGCUGCAUCAGAUGGAAUGUUUAUAACAACAGAAAGUAGUAAAAUAACAAUUUGUAUACCAGAUUCCUAUGAUUUAAUAAAAAGUAAUCUUUUUUUUUGAAUAAAAGAGUGUCAUUAUAGUUGUUAAGAUUGCAAUGGACCUUUCCUUGAUUAAUGUAUAAUAUGUGAUACAAGUUCUAAUCGAUAUUUAGAAAAUGGUUAUUGCAAAUGUAGUUUAAGUUUUAUAGAGAAUAAUUAUGGGUAAUGCAUAUGUAAAAUUAAUUAUUAAUGAUUAGAACUUAUACAUUUUUAUCCAAACUCUGUUCAACAAUAUAAUUCAAAGAAUUAAACUCUAUCUUAAUUUGGAUUUUUUCCUAUCAAUAAUAUGGAUAAUGAAACUAUUUAUUUACGUUGUCCUUAAUUUAAUCAAAAUUAAUCUCAAAAAAUAAGCUGUAUAGAAUGUUUAAGUUAACCACAAUAAUUUGCUAAAGAAUUAAAAUGUAAAUCUGAUUACAUAUUUAAUGAAUAUAAUUAAUAUGAAUUGAUCUAAAGAAAUGAAAAUGAUAUUGAAUUAUACAUCAUAGAUGAAUAAACAUCCUCAAUUACAUUGUGUGUUGGAUGUAAAUAAAUUUGUAAUAGAGAUGUGAAUGAAAAUUGUUAUAUGCAUACUUUACUUCAAGUAGCUAUAACAUGUUAAUCAUAAUUUUUUUAUAAAGAAGGAGAAUGUUAAGCAUGUCAUCCAAAUUGUCAAACUUGUUCAGAUUUUGCAAUCUGUACAUCUUGUUUCAAUUUAAUGACUUUGAAUAUUAAAAAAAAUGAAUGUUUAAAAUGUCCUAAAGAAUGCACAGAGUGUGAAUAUUAAAUGGGAAUAAAAUGUAUAAAGUGCAUAGAAAAAUAUUCAUUAUUUUAAGAGAAAUGCUAUCCUUGUGGAAAUAACUGUUUAGAGUGUUAAUUUAUUUAAGAUUCAAGAGAUGGAUCUUAUUAUAAUAGAUGCAAAAUAUGUUUAGACAAUAAAAAGUAUUAUCUCUCAAUAAAUGCAAUUGAUUGUAUUGAAAAUUAAGAUACUUAAUGUAAAUUUGCAAUUUAAUUUCAUAAAUCUUGGUUAAUGAGAACAUCAGUUAAUACAAUGUUUUAUAUGUUUGAAAAAGGAGAUUUCAAUUCUAAUUAAAUUAUAAAUUAUUGUGCUUUGUGUGAUGAAGGUUAUGCUUCAUUAUUGACUGGAUAAUGUGUCAGAAUCGAUUCUUUACCUGUUGAUACAUUUUAUAAAUAAUAUUGCACUUAAAUGUAUUAAAUGGAAAAGUAUUAUGCAUUAGAAUUAAAUAUAUAAGAAUAUAUAUGUCUUGUAUAUACAUAAGAAAUUAGAUAGUUGUUUUCUGUCUCAAAUGGUUGUGACUUUAUACUGUAGAAUUGUGCUUAUUGUUUUAGUAAUACUUGUCUUCUUUGUUAUCCAGGCUAUUAUACUCAAUUGGUAUCUGGAUAAUGUAUUGAAUGUCCAAAGUAACUUAAUUGUUAUAAAUGCGAAUAGAGGUCUAAAAUAUGGAAAAAUGGUUGGAAAGUCUGGUAUGGAAUGGUUCAUUUUAUGAUGAAAAGAAAUAUAUUCUAUGAUGACAUUUUUGGAAAUGAAUCAUAAGAAUAAUUGGAAGUUGUUUGUAAAACUUGUACAAUAGAUUAUGAAUUUUACUAAGAUAAGUGUAUAAAGAAAUGCCCAGAUAAUUGUGAACUUUGUGUGAAGAAUAAUGGGUAAAAUUAAUGUAUGAAAUGUAAAAUGUAUGAAGGAAGACCCUUGUCUUUAUAUAAUGGAAUUUGUAUAGAUUGUCCAAGAUAUUGUUAGAUAUGUAAACCAAAAUUUAAUGAUUAAUUGAGAAAUACUAAUCCAUAUUUCUCUAAUGAAAAAGUUAUAUCAUCAACUCAUACUUGUUUAAUGUUAUAAAUUGGAUUAAACUAUUAAGACUAUUAUUACAAUACCAAUUUUUAAUAAUUCUUCAAAUUAAGCACAACUGGAACAGAUCCUAACUCUAUUAUUUUUUAAUUUAAUCUAUAUUGUAGUAUAGAUCUCUAUAACUAAUAAUUAGAGUUGGCUUCAGAUUAAUAACUAUUUCUUCAUUCUAAUGUUAGAAUUGAUGAACUUGUUACCAAUAAUAAAUCUUAAAGUAAUUUUGGAAGAAUUGAAAACCUUAAUUUAUUCACCUAUCUUAGUAUUCAAUAAAUUUAAGAAGUUGAGCUUUAAUUCACUCUAAUAUAAGAUUGUAUUUUAAAUGAGCAUUCUUAUAUUUUUACCACUUUAAUUUAGAAUAUAUUUUUCAUGAAUAUAGCCAAAAUUAAAUUGCUAGGAAAUGGAAAUACAUUAUUUCUUAAAUCAAAUUUUGAAAUACUUAAUUUUGAUUCCAUUGUUAUAGAAAAUCUAAUCAUUAUACCCUAUCUAAUUGUAAAUAUUCAUUUACAAUCUCUGAGUGUUUUAAGUGUCACUAUUCAUUCUGUUGUUAUUCAACAAUAAAAAGAAGAUUAGUUUCCAGUCAGGUUUACCAUAUUAUCCACUAAUCUCAACUAUUUAUAGAUUUACAAUUUUACUACAUUAAAUCUUAAAUUAUAAUCUGUUACUAGUUUAUUUUAAUUAGAAUAUUCUGCUAAUCAAAAAUUGAUUAAUAUUUAUUUUGAUGGAUUUACUAUAAGAAACUCAAAUUUAUAAAAUUCAAAUAUCAUUUUAUUAGAUAAUUAUGCUUAAGAAUCUACGAAUUGUGAUUUUAAUAAUAUACUUAUCACAAACUCGACGCUUUCUUCAAGUUAAUUUCUUACCACUCUCAAUCAUCAAUAACUUUACAUCACUGGAUCAAUAUCUCAAAUAGUAAUCUAAUUUUCAAUCUUAUCCAAUAUUCAACCUUUAUUUUUAACUAAUAGUAUGCAGAAUUUAAAUAUAAGAGGAAUAUUCUUAGAAAACUCUUCGUUUAAGAAUUUUUCAUUAUUCUAAGUAUCAGCUAAAUCAAUAAAUAAAGAUUACUAUAUUAGUAAUUGCUAAUUUUAUAAUAGUUCAAUUAUUGUUUCACUCUUAUAAUAAUAGUUUGAAUAUGCCAAUUUUGACAGCAUUCAUUUUUUUCAAGUAUAACACGAUGAAUCAACUGUUUUCAUUAAAUUAUCUUCAAACAGUAUUAAUAGCAAAGUUAUAAUUACAAAUAUUUUACUAAGUGAAAUUAUUUUGUAGGAUAAUGUUUCAUUGGCUAAAAGUUUAUUAUCUAUUUAAUCAAUUAUUUUUAUUUCAUCAAACUAUAUUCAUAUUUAUAAUGUUUAGAUUAAUAGAUCAUAAGGUUUAUCAGAAUUUUAAUUAUCUUCAGCAGAUAAUUUAAUACUUGAAAAUAUUACAAUAACUUUAAUUUAAAAUUAUUUUUACAAAAGUAUAAAUACAAAUAAUUAAUGCUCUAAGUAAAUAAAAAAUACAAAAUAUACAAAUUUUUUGACUAUCUAAAAGGUCUAAAAUAUAACUAUUAAAAAUAUUUCAAUUUCUAACCUUAUAGUUUCGGAUGUCCCUUUAAUCUACAUUGUUUCAAUAGCUACUUAAGUUAUGAGAAGAUAAGAAAUUAUAAUUAUCGAGCAUUUAAACAUAAGUAAUUGCAUAAUCCUUAAUACAUAAGCAAUAAAUUAAAUAUCUAAUAUACUUAUUCAAUCAGAAUAAUAAAUAGAAAUUGAUAUCAAAAAUUCAUUUUUCAAUGAUAACAUUUAUUUUUCAUAUUUCAAAGAAAAGGAGUCUGAAUCUGCGUUAAUAAUAGUUAUAAUUGCUUAUUAUUCAAAAAUAUAACUUUUUGAUUGUAAAUUUAUAUAAAAUUAUGUAUGUUAAAGCUAGAACACUUUACUCUAUUUAUAUGGUGAACAAAUUAAAAUACUUUAAUCCUCAUUUGUUUCUAAUAAUAGAAUGUUUGAAAAUUUUAUAAAUCAUGUAAAUUGGUAAUAUCGGCCUUUUACAAUCACGUUAGAUGAAAUUGAAAAUUAAUUUUAGGUUCUUUCACAAAGUGGUAAUGGUAAUCUUAUAGCAUCUUCAAUUUAAAUAAAAAAUACUAAUAUUCUAGAUAGUUUUUCAAUUUAAGCAGGAUGCUUUAAAAUUAUUUUAGAAAAUGAAGGAUUGAUCCUAAUACAAAAUUCUCUAUUUAAGAAUAUCAAUACAUAGAUUUCAUAAGAAUAAUCUUAUGGUGGAUGUUUUUAUGUAAUAGAUAGAAGCAUAAAUAUUCAAAUUAACAUGUUAGAUUCCAUCUAUUAAACAAUUAUUGGAACUGCUAUUGGAGGAAUUAUAUAUUUGAAGCCAAAUGCUUAAUAAAUUAAUUUUAAUUUCACAAAUUUAACAAUAAUUGAUGUUUUUUCAAAUGAUGGAAAUAUAGCUUAACUUAAUUUUUUGAAUUAUGAAUAAUCUUUUUACAUGUCGAAUUGUGUAAUAAUAUAAACAUUAGAGGGUUAUAUAAAAUUUAGAUCAAUAUUAAAAGAAAUAAAAAAAUAUGAGCUUACCAUGAUUUCUAUUUAAUAAGGCUACAUAAUUUUAAGAAAUGUUUUUGCUAAAUUAUAUUUAAAUAUAUUAUUGUACUUAACUUAUUAAAGCAAAAUUAGUUUUACAUCAAUUGAAAUCGAUGAUUCUUACUAUUAUUAGAAGCCUAUUAUUUCUGUUAGCUUUGCUGUAGGUACUUGAUUAUACAAUUAUUAAUUUAGAUUAAAUUUCGAAAAUUGAAAUAAAUGGUCUUAAAAUCAAAAACCUUAAACUGUACAUAGAAGAUCCAAGUUUAUCUAUAAUUCAAAUUUAAUAAAAAAUAGAGGAUGAGAACAAAUUCAUAUUAGAUUGCCAAAAUAAUUAUACCAUAAAACUUAAAAAUUCAACUUAUAAAUUAAUAAAAUUAUAAGAAUUAUUAGAAUAACCCUAAGACUACAUUAAAAACUUAGUUGAAAUUAUAAAUGUAAAAAACAAAGACUAAAUUUCAAUAAAAUAAAGUUAAUUUCUAAAUAAUACAUGUUCUAAUUGUUAGUAAGGGUUGUUCUAUCUAAGAAUAAUUGAAGAAUAAUCUAAUAAUAUUUUUUUAUAAAAUAUAUGGUUGAUGGAUAAUAAUUGUGGUUAAAGGGGAUGUUUAUAAUUUGUUUAAGAUGAUGAAAGUAAAAAAAACAAUAGCAUUUCUGUAUACACAAUUGACACAAUGUUUUGUUAUAGAAAUUACGCAAAAAGAGGUGGUUGUGUAGGGAGCAAAGGAAUAGGAAUUAAAAUAGCAAAUAGUAUUUUAAGUCAAAAUAUUGCAGGUGAGUAAGGAGGAGGUGUUUACUAUGAAGGGUAAACUACAAACUUUAUAUUUUAAAACAAUCUUAUUGUUUCAAACACUGCAAAAGAAGGAGGUGCCAUUUAUUUAGGAACAUAUAAUCUUCCUGAAUUAAAUAAAACAUUAAAUUACUUAAAUAAUAAUAGUGCUUACCAAUAUGGAAACACUAGCUCUUCACAUUCAACUUAACUAACAGUAUUGUAUAGAAAUACAUAAUUUAGAACACUUCAUGUUUUAGAAAAUGGUAUUUUAAAUGCUUACAUAUCAAAUUCAAGUGAUUUUUCUAAUAAAUAUAUAUUAAAAUUACCAAGUGGUUAAAAAAUUUCCUCUUAUUAAUAUUUUAACAUGAUUAGAUAGGAAUAUGAAAAUUUAAAUUUAAAAUUUAGAGUCUUAGCUCUAAAUGCUUAUAAAGAAUAAUAAUAUAAUCUUAAUAAUACUAUAUGUAUAAUUGAAAGUGGUAUACAAUAAGAUUAAAAGGAUUAUAUUUUCACAAAUAAUUAUACAAAUUAUAAUCGAAAAGUCUUUGAUUUAUAAACUUAAGAUUAUAAUUUAGACGAUUUAAUUCUAUACUAUGGAAAUGAAGUUAAUGAAUCAAUAUUAAUCCUUAAAAUAAGUUGUGAUAGUGUUGAAAUUCCUAUAUAUGAUGAGGCUUUUCCAUAUUAGAUAAAUAAUUACAACUCAAAAUAUUUCUUAUAUUUAUAUAUCUAAACGUUUCCUUGCCAAUUAGGAGAAUAUAAAAAUCUAACUGAUAAUGCUUGUUAUUUAUGUGAUAUAAAAAAAAAAUAAUAUUCGGUUACAAGAAAUGCCACAGAGUGUAAUUUUAUGGAUGAAGACACUACAAUAUCAAUAACACCUGCUUAAAUAUAAUUAAAAUCUGGAUAUUGGAGACCUCAUUUGGAUAUUUAAAUUGUUGAGUAUUGUUAAAACAGAAUUGAAAACUGUUUAGGUGGAUGGACAUAAGGAGAUGAAAGCUGUGCAAUUGGUUAGAUAGGAGCAUGUUGUGAAUCUUGUGAUCAUUACAAUACUAGAGGAUAAGGUUAAUAUAGUCAAUAGAAAUUGUAUCAAUGUUAAAAAUGCGAGGAUUUGGAUAAAUAAAUACUUUAUAUCAUAUUGAUAAUCCUCUGGUAUAUAUUUUCUAUUUUAUUAAAGGAAUUUGUUUUCAAUUUAUCUAUCAACAAAUGGAGUUAAAAAUAUGAUUUUAGAACUAUAAAGAAAUAAAAUUGGAACAAGAUAAUUGCUAAUUAACCAUAACAAAUAAACUGGCCCAAUUAUGAAGAUGUUUGUUAAUUAUCUUCAGAUAGUGGCUAUUAUUUUAAAUUUUAAUGUUGAAAUUCCAUAAGUAUUUAAAGAUUAUUAUAAUAUUGUUGGUAAUUCUCAAACCAUGCUAUUAAUUACAACAGAUUGCUUUUUAGCCUAAAAUUUUUAAGCUGGACUUAUAUAUGUAAAAAUAAUUUAUAGUAUAAUUUGUCCUAUUGUUUAUGGGCUCAUUUUUUUAUUUAUUUAUUUCAUUAUGAAAGUCUUCAAUAAGAUCGAUUAUAACCAAGUAGUGAUUACAACCUGUAUUUUAUAUUUGUUUUGUUAUUAUCAAAUUUAAGUGAUUCAGCUAUUGAUAUCCUCAUUAUCUUUUAGAACUUUAUCAGGAAUUAAAUGGAUUCAGGCCAACUUAUCAUAUAGCUUUGAUGCUUAAUCCCAUUAAUAGUGGAUUCCUUAUCUUAUUACUCUUACAAUUAUUAUUGGAGCAAUAAUACCAGGAAUAUUUACAUUAUGUUUAACUAGAUAUAAAGAUUCAUUACAAAGAUAUGAUAUUAGAAGAUAAUGGGGAUUUUUGUAUUUAGAAUAUUAGCCUAAAGCUUAUUUUUGGGAAAUUAUUAGGAUUAUCAGUAGAGAAAUGAUUAUAAUUGCUAUAACAUUCUACUAAGAUAAUUUAGUGAUUAAAUGCACCUUAUUAUUCAUUAUUAUGUUUGCCUAUUCUUAUACUAAUUAUAUUGUUUUACCUUUUAAAACCAAAAAAUUUAAUUAGCUUGAAUAAAAAAGUAUUUUAUUAUGUACUUUUACAUUAUUUGCAGUACUCUCAUUAUCUUAGACAAAUAGAUUUUAUACAAUUAUUUUAUUUUCAGUAAUUUUAACUAAUUUAUAUAUUCUAAUAACAUUCCUUAAAGGUUUGAUAAACGGAUAUUUGUAGGCUUAUGAGGAGUUAAUAGAUAAGAUUAAAGAUUUUCUUAAAGAUAGAUUAAAAUCAAAACUCCUUUAAUACUAAUGUUUGGACAGGUGGUUUAUUAAUAAAAGUUAGAGAAGAAAAUUAGUAAUUGAGAAAUAUAAAAAAAUAAAAAAAUAUCUUUAUUCAGUUCGUAAAAAGCUUGUUAGUAUAGAGAGAAAUAAAUGUAAAUACAAUAAAUAUCAAUUUAGUUUCACAAAUAUCAACAUAUCGUUCUACAAGUGGAUUGAUAAGUCCAAGAGAUUACAAUAUUGUGUUUUUGAGACCAUAAUAAAUUCUAUCAACAAAUAGUGAAAAUAAUCUAACAAAUAAUGCUUAAACUAAUUUGAUAAAAAAAAUUAUAGGCAAAGAAUGAC